GACCGGCGGGCGGGCGGGCGGCGGCGCGUCCGCGGCUCUGCCUCUUUCUCCACCGCAGCGGCUUUAUUGUGUUUUUCACGUUAUCUUUGCCUUUUUCGCGAGGAGCCCGGGUGUGGUUUGGUUUUUUGGUUGGGUUUUUUUGGUGGUUUUUUUUUUUUUUUUUUUUUCCCCUCCUCUCUUCUGUUGUGGCCGGCCGGAGGGACUUAAGGGGAGAUCAAUGAAGGAAAGAAGAGCGAGCCAGAAGUUAUCGAGCAAGGCGGUGAUGGAUCCCAACCAGAACGUGAAGUGCAAGAUCGUGGUGGUGGGGGACAGCCAGUGCGGGAAGACCGCGCUGCUCCACGUCUUUGCCAAGGAUUGCUUCCCCGAGAGCUACGUCCCCACCGUGUUCGAGAACUACACGGCCAGCUUCGAGAUCGACACGCAGCGCAUCGAGCUCAGCCUCUGGGACACCUCGGGCUCUCCUUACUACGACAACGUCCGCCCGCUCUCCUACCCCGACUCUGAUGCUGUCCUGAUCUGCUUUGACAUCAGUCGCCCAGAAACCCUGGACAGUGUCCUAAAAAAGUGGAAAGGGGAAAUCCAGGAGUUCUGCCCCAACACCAAGAUGCUGCUGGUGGGCUGCAAGUCGGACCUGCGCACGGAUGUCAGCACGCUGGUGGAGCUCUCCAACCACAGGCAGACCCCCGUGUCCUACGACCAGGGUGCAAAUAUGGCCAAACAGAUUGGAGCAGCCACGUACAUCGAAUGCUCAGCCUUACAGUCAGAAAACAGUGUCAGAGACAUUUUUCACGUCGCCACCCUGGCGUGUGUGAACAAAACAAACAAAAAUGUGAAACGAAACAAAUCUCAGAGGGCCACAAAGCGAAUUUCACACAUGCCUGGCAGGCCAGAACUGUCCACAGUGGCCACGGACUUGAGAAAGGACAAAGCCAAGAGUUGCACGGUGAUGUGAAGGAGCUGGGAUUUCCUGGAGGAGGAGGAGGAGGAGGAAGAUCCAGGAGGGGUUGGAGCUCAAUGAAGUCACAGCCACAGGGUGUUUAAUGAGGGCUUUGCCAGUGCUUUCAUGGAGACUUCUCCUGCUGCGGGAGACUGUACUUAAGGACUGAGCAGCAGGAAGAAAAGGCUCUGAGAGAGGUGGCAUCAGGAAUUUCUGUUGAAGACAAUGC